AUGAGUAAAAGGAUCAGUCAGAGCAAGCCCUCGACCUUCGAUGGUAAGGGGGAACCAUCGGAACUCGAGCUAUGGUUGAGGGAGUUUGACAAACUUUUUGAUGUAGUUGAGUGCCCAGAGGAAUUGAAGUGGGCAAACAGUAGAUCUGAGUUACUAGAAGAAGCUGAUGGAGUCCUUAAUUGGGAUUUGUUUAAAAGGGCUAUGCGAGAGAAAUUCUACCCUUUGCACGUGAGAAAAGAUAAGUCAAACGAGUUCGCUCGUUUGGAGAUGGGAGACAUGACUGUUGAUGAAUAUUACCGAAAGUUUAUGGAAUAUAUUAAGUACUGUCCUGAUGAUGUUCCCACUGAGGAGAAAAAGAUGCAGCGAUUUGAACUGGGAUUGUCAUAUGACAUUCAAAAAUAUAUUGAGUGCGAUCGUUAUAACACCCUGGAACAGAUGUACAAGCGUGCGUCUCAAAUAGGGAAUAUUCUGAGGAAGGAGAUAGAAAAAGAGAAGAGUAAUGUCCCUGAGAAGAGGAAAGAGGGAAGUAGGUCUAGUACAAGUCCUGGGUUUAGAGGAGACGCGAAGCCUGCUAAGCCAUUACUGGACCGAGAUGGCAAUGAAAGGAAGUAUUUCUGUAGGAGAUGCAGAGGAAAUCAUCCGGGAAAGGAUUGUGAUAGGAAUUUGGUUGAAUGUAAUUUUUGUCACAAAAGGGGACAUAGGGAGUAUGAAUGCUACAUCAAGAAAGGAAGUAGAAGUCAACAGCCGGGUGGGCAACACCAGCAGCAGAAUUCAAAUAACUCCGGGAGGCAAGUCAACCUGCAGUACGGAAAUGGUUAUCAUGGAAAUACUGCUCAGAGGUUUCAACGACCUGUUAGUGGGGGACAACGCCGGGUGGAUGGAAACCGGAUCGUAGGGUCAGGCGUGCAACGUGGGGGUAAUCAAGUAGGAGGAAUAAAUGCACAGCCGAUUGGUGGACGGGUAUCUGCGGUCAUGGCUGUUCCAUCGGGAAGAUUGUACAAUUGUGAUAGAUUGUAUAAGGAAGUACCCUUAAGAAUAGGGAAGGUCAUUUUUCCUAGUAACUUGUAUGUGUUAGAUAUGAAAGGCUUAGAGGUAAUUUUAGGGAUGGACUGGUUAGGAAAAUAUAAAGCCACUAUAGAAUGUAGGAAGCAGAGAGUAUCACUGGAAGGACCAAGAGGGGAAAAGGUUAGAUAUCGGAAAUUUCAAAAAGGACCCAGAACGAAUUAG